AUGAUCCUUCCACCCCCACACAUUGCCGUCCUUGUAUUAGAUACUCCAAUUCAAGGGAUUACCGAAAAAUAUGGAGACUUUGGUGACAACACAAUUGAUUUAAUCAAAAACACGGGCACAACAUCGUUCAAUUUUGUAAAGUACCAAUUGAAUACCGAGGACCCAGAGCAGCUAGAAAAAGUUUAUGAGGAGUUAUACUCGGCAGUCCACAACCACUUGAUAGAAGGAUUUGCCCUAACUGGUUCACGUAGCGAUGCUUUCAGUACCCUUCCGUGGUUGGUUAAAUUCAAAUCGGUUUUGAAAAAUACCAUUCUAAAACUUGACAAGCCAGUUGUUGGCUUGUGUUUUGGUCACCAAGUAAUUGCAUCGGUUUUGGGCUGCAAGGUUGAUCGAAGCAAUGAUGGAUGGGAAGUUGGCAUCACCACGAUAUCCAUCAAUGAUGAUAUUUAUAAACUAAAGGAUUCACCAUUCACUGAACUUAGUCAAACGGAGAAUAUAGAUGAUGCUGGGCAAGACUAUGAUGCCGCUGUAUUGUUUGAUCACUUGAACUUGGUUGAAUCGCAUCGAGAUGUUGUGUUGGGAGGACUACCUACAGAUUUUAUUAAUUUUGGCUCAACCAGUAAAUGCUCUAUUCAAGGAAUGGUGAGCAUAGACAAUGGCGAUGGCAACAAAAGAAACUGCAGAGUCAUUACCUUUCAGGGGCAUCCAGAAUUUACAACCGAUUUGGCUUUGGAUUUAUUGAAAUACAAAUUUGAUGCUGGCUUGUUGAAUGAAAAGGAGUACGAAAAAGCAAAGUACCACACUUCAAGUUUAAACAACCAAGGUAACUUGAUAGGGAAAGUCAUCAACAAGUUUCUUUUCAAUGAGGCACACACAAAAGAAGAAGCGUGA